AUGGCGAUGCCAGGCAUGUCCGACCCGAGCCGGGAGCAUCCUCUGGCCUCGCCCCUCCCUCCCCGUGCCCUGGAAAGCAGGAUGGAGCUGGAGGAGAGCGGCUCCCCCCGCGGGAGGCUGCGGAGGGAGCAGCAGCGCUCGCCGCUGGCCAGAGCCCCCCACCUCGACCGGGGGGAGGGAGCAACAAAAAGAACCGGGCUUCCCAAGGGCCCACGUGGGCGCGGGGCCGCGGACACGGACACGGACAGCGGUUCUGAGUUAAGCUCAGAACUUCCAGAAGACAGCUACUCUUCAGGAGGUGAAGCCCUGGAUGGUGAUGAUGAAGACGAAACAGCAGCCCCUGGCAAUGUGGCUGAAGAGGCAGCAAGCUCCAAAGAUGGCCCAAGUUCAGGAUGGGCAGAUGCCAUGGCAAAAGUGCUCAACAAAAAGAUUCCACAGAAUAAGUCUACCAUCUUGGCCAAGAAUAAAAGCCUGGAGAAGGAGAGAGAGAGAAAAAAGCAAGAGAAGCAAGAAAAGAAGAUGAGGCUCGAUAAAAAGCGGGAAUGGGAAAUGAUGUGCCGAGUGAAGCCAGAUGUUGUCAAAGACCGAGAGAAGGAAAGAAAUCUUCAGAGAAUUGCCACAAGAGGUGUUGUACAGUUAUUCAACGCUGUCAGGACGUACCAGAAGACAGUGGAAAAGCAGAUGAAGGAAGUUGGGGGAUCUGAGAGGAAGCGUGCUAAACUGAUGUCUUCUGUUUCAAAAAGAGAUUUCAUUGAUGUUUUAAGGAAUGUGGGUGGGGCUAAAGGGGGCAAGAAUCUUGCUGGAAAGCCCACAAAAAGUAAACAGGGUGAAGCGAAGUCUGAAGAGGGGCCAGAAUGGAAUAUACUGCGUGAUGACUUCAUGAUGGGAGCAUCUAUGAAGGACUGGGACAAGGAAAGCGAUGGAGAGGGCAACAGUGAAGAAGGAGGUGGUCUGAAACAAGAAGAUGACAGUGACUGAAUGAAACUGAAAACCAUUCAAGAUAAUGUUUUAUCUUCUCAAGUUUCCUUGGAUAAAAAGUCAGCAUUCUGUGAAUGUACAACACUUGGAGGAUAACUCUUUUAAAAGAAAAAAAAAGACUUACACAACCUUGGAGUGUUUUCUCCUCCAUGUCAAACUUUUAUUUAAUAUAGCUUCAUUUGCUAUACUGAAAUCCUGAAAUAUUUUCCAAAACAAGUAUAAUUUUCAACAUAUUUCCAAAACAUUUUGUACAGUCAAAAUAGUGGCACUUGCCCAAUGAAAGAUAGAUUUUGCCAAGGUCAUUAAAAGUUUAUACAUUAGUCAUGGCAAUUGAUGUAUUAGUGUGCCUGCAUUUCCAAAUCACUGCUGCACUUUGAAAAGUUGUUGCAAUUUGCAAUAGAAAUGGCUUACAAUAAACACAGAAAUGCCGUCACCUUGUAAAGUUAUCAGACUCCUAUAGAGUCUUUACUACUUUGGCCAGAAAAGGUUCUGUAGAUAAUAAAGGAAAGUAACCAUUAACGUGAUAGUUCUGGUCUUGGAGCAUUAGUUUGAUUGGAGACAACUCUGGAAACAGAAUUGUAAAGAGAGAGACUUGACCCUACUGAUAGGGUUUAGUUAUUUAUAUAUGUGUAUAUAUAAUAUGAUUUUUCCAUGGCAAGUCUGAGUUUGUAUAAGCUAAGAGUCUGGUAGGAGAGGAAAGGACAGUCAUUGCCAUUGGUUUCAUUGAGGAGGAGAGUUUUUCUAGCAAUACCACAGAAAAUUGUGUUCAGUGU